AUGACAUCCCCAGGCCCCGACGUCAAUGUCACAAGCGAUGUGCUAAGGGAUCCGCAGCAACCUCAUGUUGAGUCCCACGUUGUGUCCAACAACUCGCCCGACCACACCAAGUCAUCUCAUAUCACCGAUGACUUGCUGAUUACAAAUGCUACGGUGCCUACGGGCCCCGAUGACCAUAAGGAAGAUGAUGAGGAGUCAUCGUUUUUCUGCUCGGAUGAAGAACCGGAGCCACGGGCUCCACGCCGAAAGCGUCGACAAGGCCCAGGCUUUCCUCCAUACAUAGUCAAGCAUCGUCGCGCUUAUUGGGGCUGCCCCCAUUGGCAGAUCUCAGAAGAAGAGUGCCAAGAGCACGAGCGUGAGGAACAGAACGAGGACGAGGAUGAGGAUGAGGAGGAGGAGGAGGAGAAAAUGAGGAAAAAGGCGGAUGAGGAGUGGGCGCGCUUUAUGGGCGACCGUGCACAGCGUCAGCGCUCCCGGGCCGCUCAGAAGUAG